CACAACAGGUGAAGGUCGUCAUAUGUUUUGCAACAGCAGACAGCUAAGGUUAUUGUAACAACUUUGACCAUUUUAUAUAACAAUGGCACUUCGAGGGCUAAGAUCUCUUAAAUUCAGCAGGAUUCAGUCUUUCUGUACAUCCUGUAGAUUGCAAGCUGGAGCAACAUCAUCACAGUCGGUGGAACAGAAGAAGCCACAGAAAGUUUCAUUUAAUUGGCAAGAUGCCCUGAACUUGGAAAGUUUACUGACAGAGGAAGAGAUUAUGGUACGGGACCAGUUCAGGUCCUACUGCCAGGAAAAACUGAUGCCUAGAGUUCUUAUGGCCAAUAGACAUGAACACUUCCACAAAGAGAUGAUUCCAGAGAUGGGAGAACUUGGGGUCCUAGGGCCUACCAUACAGGGAUAUGGUUGUGCUGGUGUGUCCUCUGUAGCCUAUGGGUUGAUAGCUAGAGAACUUGAGAGAGUGGACAGUGGCUAUAGGUCGGCCAUGAGUGUCCAGUCCUCCCUUGUGAUGCACCCUAUCUAUGCUUAUGGUUCAGAGGAGCAGAAACAGAAAUAUUUACCCAAGCUAGCUAAAGGAGAGUUAAUUGGUUGUUUCGGUCUGACUGAGCCAAACCAUGGGAGUGAUCCUGCCUCCAUGGAAACCAGAGCCAAAUACGAUGCUGCUACCAAAACCUUCAGACUGUCUGGGAGCAAGUCAUGGAUAACUAAUUCUCCAAUUGCGGAUGUGUUCGUUGUGUGGGGCAAAUGUGAUAAAGACAACAACAGAAUCCGAGGCUUCAUCCUGGAGAAGGGAAUGAAUGGUCUAACAGCGCCCGUUAUUGAGGGCAAGUUUUCCUUGCGUGCCAGUAUCACAGGGCAGAUUGCCAUGGAUGAUGUAGAAGUGCCAGAGGAGAAUAUGCUUCCUAAUGUGUCAGGUAUAUAGAAUGCUCUAAAUAAAAUGUGUUUACAGGGCCCAUUUGGGUGUUUAAACAAUGCCAGAUAUGGUAUAGCAUGGGGAACACUGGGAGCUGCUGAGUUCUGUCUGGAAACAGCACGGCAAUACACAAUGGACAGGAUACAGUUUGGAAAACCCCUUGCCAAAAACCAACUGAUGCAGAAGAAAAUGGCAGAUAUGUUAACAGAAAUCACUCUUGGUCUACAGUCAUGUGUGCAGGCAGGCAGACUGAAGGAUCAGGGACUAAUUACCCCCGAUAUGAUCUCAUUGAUAAAGAGGAACUCUUGUGGUAAAUCAUUGGAUAUUGCACGAACAGCCCGUGACAUGUUGGGAGGGAAUGGAAUCAGUGACGAGUACCACAUCAUCCGCCACGUCAUGAAUCUCGAGGCUGUCAACACAUACGAAGGUACCCACGACAUCCAUGCGCUGAUAUUGGGUCGAGCUAUCACAGGGCUACAGGCAUUUACUGCUGACAACUGAACAAACCUAUAGUGUGAUACACAUUAAAUAUCUAACCAGUGGAAUAUUCCGGCAAAUCUCGAAACGCCUAUAAAUUAUCAUGGACAGUGACAAAUAGUCAGGCAAGGGGGCAUUUUGUACUAGAAAUGACUAGUGUCUCACAAAAAGUGAAUGACAUAUUUUGUACUUUUUCUCUCAAGUCAGAUUUCAUAAAUUGAAAUAAUCAACUUCUAGUCUAAUUUUUGAAUACAAUUGCCACUGAUAAAUGUAACAUCCAGUUACAGAUUAUUGGCAGUAUAUACUUUGUGCCAGAGUUGUUAAUUCUAAAGCUUGUGACAGUGAUACUGUACAGACAAUCAUUCUCUAGUGACGAGUGAUCUAGCUAAUCUGAGGUGGUUUGCAAGUCAAACCAGUGUUUUCUGACAUUGUUUAUUCAAAACACAAUUUUAAAGAACUGAAUCCUUUAAGCUUUUUCACAAUAUUCAGUUACAUUAAUACUCAGAAAUGGACUUGUUGUUGAGAACCAGUGUAUUGAUUAUUUGCAGAAUUGAAAAAAAUGAACAUCUCCAUUAGGAAUCCUGGUCCACUGAUAAAUGUUGGUACCGUGAUCAAUCUGAUCAAUAUUAUAUAGAAUUGCUGUGAUAUUGUUGUAUGAUAAGGGUUUGUUGAGAGAAAUUUAUAAAGGUUCCUUGCAUAACAUAACAGAAGUAAGCAAGUAUUACCUGAAAGAGAGAAAGUGUGUUGGAGAGAAAGGUUUUUACAGGUGUGAUGUUGUUGAUCUAUGUUUAAUCAUGUUCAUAUUGAUAUUAAAUAAAGCUGACAGUGCAAGUAAGAAACUUUCAACUGAGAACUUUCAACUGAGAUUUUAAAGAAAAUAAAGUUAAAUUUUUCGUUAUGUUUUGGAGAAAAGUGAUGUCAAUAAUCCGCAGUCAUUAUGUCCCCAUGGAGACACAUCUAUACACUAAUACACUCUCAAUUUACUCUAUAAUCUUUUUUAUCAGAUCAGUGCGUGAAUCUAAAUCACCAAUGAGUGCUAACUUAGUAAUCAAUUAUUUAGCUCAACCAACGCAGAAAAAUGGAAUGACUGAUGAGACUUAUAAACAUGGCAUUCAAAAUACUUCACUGAUUCUUGUGCACGUUUUGAAACUCUUCCACAUUUCACAACUCUAACGAUGAAAAGACUGAUAAGGUUUAUGUAAUUUAUUGAUUUUCACAUUUGUAUCUGUAAUAUCAGAUAUAUUAUAUUAAUGGUCUUUGAGAUAGAACAGAGUGCCUUGGAUACUGGGCUAUUCCAAAAGGUCAGUUGUUUUAUUCAACUUUCACUGUCACCUUUAAAAGUCCCGUAAAGCAAGAGUUCAUUGUUGAAAAUCAAAUCAAAAUUGCUAUAAAAUCUUUAUUUGGGCUUUGGUAAGUUUGUUAAAUCAUAUUUUCCACUUAUGAUCUAUAAUAGGAAUGAAAAUUUCAAUACUAGAGUAAUAUUAAAUAAUGGUUGUAUGGCAUUUGGAAUAAGAUAAAAAUAACUUGUGCUUUAAAAUAAUUAUUGAAAUUGAAGUCUACAAUUUGUUGUGCGACACUGUAAGCCCCUAGGCAAAGGGCGAUUGGGAGAUAACUGUAAAAACAAAUAAAAAAUGUAAAAACCUG